AUGUUUAUGUCCGAAGAUCAUGUGUGUUACAUGAAGACCACAGAAGAGGAAGAAGAAACCAAGCUGUUGAAAAGAAAACAGAAGGUAACGGUCGAUGAAGACGACGAACAACUCACGCAAUGGAUAUUUUUCGAUUUUGAAUGCACACAGGAUGACAUGAUCCAGUGUGAUGAGGGUUAUUUUCCCCAGAUAUCCAUCAAAUGUGGAAAUUGUCAUCGCAAAAACUGUCACUCAAAUCCGUGCGAACAGGGCUUUGUUCCGAGGAAAAUCACUUCUUGCAAAAAUUGCAACCAUUCGUCGUGUGGUUCAUAUCGACACCUGCCCAAUUUAUGUGUGGUUCAUAAGGUGUGCGAAGAAUGCAUUGACGAAGACGAGAUCAACGAGCAUAGCUACUGUUCAUUAUGCCAUUACAAGCAACGCAUUUUCAAUGGCCCAAACACACGUGACGAUUUCUGUAAAUGGCUUUUCUCGGACGAAAACGAAGGAGCCAAAGUCUUCUGUCAUAACUUUCGAGGGUACGAUAGCUAUCCCAUCGUCAGUUACUUGUACGAGAACGCCAUCUUGCCGGAGGUGAUCAUGAAUGGGUCCAAAUUCAUGAGCAUCGAGAUACCUCAUCUCAAAAUGAAAUUCCUGGAUUCCAUGAAUUUCAUACCCAUGGCUCUCUCAAAGAUGCCAAAGGCGUUUGAUAUACCUGAAGUCGCCAAGGGCUAUUUUCCACAUCUAUACAAUCGAAAAGAAAAUCAGAGGGCUAUCAUGAAUCACCUACCAGACGUACAGUUUUAUAAUGCAGAUGGUAUGAUGCCUGAUGAUCGCACCAAGUUUCUCCAAUGGUACGAAGAACAUCAACACGAUAGUUUUGAUUUUCAGAAAGAAAUAAUAAAAUAUUGCCAGUCUGAUGUCGAUAUUCUCAGGCGAGGGUGUCUCAAAUUCCGCGACAUCUUCAUGGACAUGACGUCACGAGAUGAUCGGGACGGCGUUGACCCUUUCGAACGCUGCAUCACCAUUGCCUCGGCUUGUAAUCUGGUAUUUCGCAGUCUCUUUUUGGAAAGAGAGUCUAUCGGCAUUAUACCACCCCAAGGGUAUCGUCCGAAAGACAAACAAUCCUUCAGGGCCAUGCAGUGGAUAAAAUAUCAUGCUCAUCAAACAGGCGUAGAGAUCCAGCAUGCAGGCAACAUGGGAGAAAAAGUGAUUGGACCAUACAGAGUCGAUGGAUACUAUGAAAUAGGGGAUCAGAAAGUAGUAAUGGAAUUCCAUGGUGAUUAUUGGCACGGUAACCCCAAAUGUUAUUCUGCCAACACCCUCAAUAAAGUUGUGGGAAUGACCAUGGGAGACCUCUAUCAGAGAACCUUGGAAAAGAGAAGUUACUUGGAAUCUUUGGGAUAUACUUACCUGCAGAUGUGGGAGUCUGAUUUUGAUCGGGCCGUAGAGUCCACAGACAAAAUGAAGUCUUUUAUAGAACACCUAGAGUUAACCUCGCCCUUACAACCUAGAGAUGCAUUUUUCGGCGGAAGAACCGAAGCCUUUAAACUGCAUGCCAAGGCAGAUGAAGACACCGAUAUCAAAUAUUUUGAUGUGACUUCACUCUAUCCCUUCAUCAAUAAAACGGGCAAGAUUCCAUUGGGACGCCCCCAGAUCGUGACUGAAAAUUUUGAUCUUCUUCAAAACUACGAAGGACUCGUCAAAUGCCGCAUCCUUCCCCCAAAACAUCUAUACAUGCCAGUUCUUCCAUCGAAAAUCAACAAUAAGCUCCUGUUUGGCCUCUGUCGAACGUGCAUGGAGAAACACAGACAGACCUGUGAGCACACCGAUCGGGAAAGAAUGAUUACUGGAACCUGGGUCACCGACGAGGUCAAAAAAGCCGUAGAAAUGGGUUACAUAAUAGACAAGAUUUUCGAAGUGUGGCAUUUCGAUCGCAUAUCACAGUACGAUCCACAAGCAAAAUCGGGCGGAGCAUUCACCGACUACGUCAAUACAUUUCUCAAAAUGAAGCAAGAGGCAUCCGGUUGGCCAAAAUGGUGUCAAACGGAAGAAGACAGACACAAGUACAUAGAGGAAUACCACCAAAGAGAAGGAAUUCGUCUCGAAUAUCAUAACAUCGUAUCGAACCCAGGUCUCAGAGCGCUGGCAAAACUUAUGCUCAAUAGUUUUUGGGGUAAAUUUGGUCAGCGAGAAAACAUGCCCAAAACAACGUACGUGACAGAUCCCUGCGAAUAUUUCGAUAUGUUGACUAGCAAUUACCAACAGGUCAAAGACGUCAGCUAUGUGUCCGAAGAGAUGGUACGACUCCAGUGGGUCUUAGACGACGAUUUUGUGGAGACCAGUGGUCGAACCAACGUCGUCAUCGCAGCGUACACUACGGCCCAGGCCCGUCUAAAAUUAUACUCCUAUCUGGAAAAAUUAGGCGAUCGGACUCUAUAUGCUGACAGGGAUUCGGUCAUCUUCACCGCACGGGCUGGGGAAUGGUCGCCGCCUCUGGGUGAUUACUUGGGGGAUAUGACAGACGAGACCCCCGGUAAGAAAAUCCUUUCCUUUGUCACCGGCGGACCGAAAAAUUAUGCGUAUACCGCCCAAGACCAAGAUGGGAAGAUAAGUACCUGUUACAAAGUUAAAGGUAUCACACUGAAUUACAAGAACAGUUUGGAUAUCAACUUUGAUACCAUCAGAAAUAUGAUCACUUCCAGCGAAGCGUCUGUCGUCACGGUCCGGAACGAUUACAAAAUUGCCCGAGAUUCCAAAACCACAGAAAUCAUCACCAGAGAGGAAAAUAAAGACUAA